AGCUCAAUUCAAUAAUUAUUAUUGUAAGAACAAGUAUAAACUAAAAGGGGGUACAUAACACUACAUUGUACAUUUCUGUGGUGGUCAUUGACUUUUAAUCUUAAUCAUGUGGGGUUAUUUUGUAUAAGUAUACUUAAAAUUACAAAAAACAAAUACAAAGUACAAAGUUAAAAUCAAAUGUUUGAAGUAUUGGUUGUUGUGAUUUUUAAUAAUAUAGUGAUUUAAUGUCAGUGUCCCAAAAAUAAAAUAGACUUGAGACCAGAAAUUUACUUAAUUCUGUAUGACUUUCAAGAAAAAUGGAAAGUUACAGGGUGAUUUGUGUAUUUCGAAACAAUAUAUAGGUUUAGGUUAUAACUGACAAUUCUAACCUAUAUACCAAAUAUUGGACUAGGAUAUUUAACUUAUGACGUUUCGUUGUUUGUAUUAGGCUAUAACUUUUAGGUAGGCCUAGGCCUAUUGUUUAACUAUUGCUCUCAUUUACCAACAGUGUGAAAUAAUGGAAAAGAAAAGCCUGGAUUAUUAUGCCUUUCAGUUUAAUACUAUUAAUAAUGAUAACAGAAAAGAAGAUUCAAGACUUAACAACUUACUGGACCAGUUAAAUGCCUUUGACUGCAAAUUAUUUAGUUCUCCUGAGAACUCCAAGAAAAUAGCAGUCAUCCUGAGCCAGUGUUUUUCCCUGGUGCCUCCUGAUGACACAUUUCUCGUAGCCAAAUGCUGUCAGCUGAUGUUGACUCUUGUGGGCAAGCAGGCCGUACAGCUGGAGAAGCCUCUGCUGAAUAUCGCUAUUCCCUGGAGCCUCCAUGCUCUCCAGCAGAGUGCGGACAUUGCAUUCCUGGACAUCUUGCAGGCGCUGGAGGCCAUCAUAUGCUCGUCAAUCAGCAGUCUGGAGGAGAUGGCAGAUGAGAUUGUAGCCACGCUUUGUGUACAAUUGGAGGCUAAAGCCAGCCUGACGACUCCGCAAGAUGUGAGAGUGUGGAGGGUGCAAUGUCUGAAGGCAAUAGCGCCUGCAGUUAAACCUUCUUGUCGGCCCAAAUUCAUCAGUUCCCUAUGGCAACUGUUGCAGCAGAGCCCUAGCGUGAAUUGUGAUGCUGAUGCUCAGGUUGUGAAGUUUGUACUAGAAGCCCUCGAGACGAUUUGUGAAUCGGAUGUAGAAUGGUUGACAGAGAAUUUAGGAGACGUGUUGGGCGUCGUGGUGGCGUUCCUGCAGUUCGGUCUGCACGGUUGGCAGUACCAGAAACCAUCCAAGCUGUUACCACUUCCGGGUGUCCAAUGGGACCCUCCACCUGCUCCCAAUAUUAAGAGCAAAGCAAAACGCCGCCAGAAGAAGAGGGUGUCAAACAUUGGUGCGAUGGAGGUGGAAGAUGGUGCAGACGAGAGGACUGCAGGGAUAGCUGUAACCAAGCCUGGCUACAUGUCUGCACCUGCCAGUGGGGCGUGGCUCACCAGCGACUCGGAGGUGUCUGAUAGCGAGGGUGGUCGCACACGCAGACUGAGGCGGGCCCAAGCCAAGGUGCGACUCUCUGCCAUCAACCUGCUCGUACAAGUCGCCAAGGCAGUGAACAUCAGAGAGCUGUUUGGCUACUACAGUUCGUUGGUUGGAAGCCAAGGUCUCUCCUACAAUUUGGUUAACGACACCAACGCUCGCCUGACUUCCGUUGCUGCUUCGACCACCGCUUUCCUGCUAGGCAAUGCCAAAUCAUAUUUUGCUCAGGCACUGCAAAGUUCGGUAACUUCGUACACACCGUUCUCCAGCGUGUUGGCAUCCCUGCUUGACAACUUGCACCAGUGCAUGGUCCGGAGCCUGAAGACGACAGGAUCAAUGUCUGUGCUUCACUGUGCCUGUAGUCUGGUCGACGUAACACCCUACCACCGCAUGAAGCCAGGGCUGCUCACCCCGCUGGUGCAUGCUGCACUACCUCAGCUCAGGCACAAGGAGAUGGUGGUGUCGGUGGCAGCCUUGACACUUCUGGGCUGUGUGGUGGCUGUGGAUCCUCAGACAGAGGAACUAAAGCAGAUCUUGUCUGUCAGCCGCAUUGACAGUCUCCCGGAUGUUCCGGAGACUCCAGGGUGCUCUUGGGUCCUGUCGGCAGCUCUCCAGUAUUUAGAAACAGAGAACCAGAAGGCGGUGUCGGUGCCUUUGCGUGUGGAGUGGUGGCAGUUGCUAGCUAACAUGUCCAGACACCACUUCUCUCUAGUAAGGCCGCACAUCAUGCCGCUGGUGGCAGCUGUUCUGCGAGACAUGACGGGUACCAACACGCUGGAGCUUGCACGGCUACAUGCGACCCGCACGUUCCAGCAGCUCGCCACAGCCCUUGCCGCCUCAGAUGAAGCGUUGUGCACGCAAGUGUGGCAAAAAGCAUUUGAGUCACAACUACUUGGGCUGGUGGGAAUAUCACCCACUUUGGCUUCGGUGGUCUGUGACUGUCUGGCAGUGAUGAGUCCUGCGACAUACCACCAACUUUCGGAAAAGUUCCAGAUCAGCUGUAUGACUUCACUGCUGUGUUGUGCCAGAGAUGAUGAACCAGUGGUGAGAGCUGCAGCACUGCAAGCAAUGGCGUCCUUACUCAUUUACUCCCAGGAUGAACAGUUUGUAUGUGACUGUUGCGAUGUGAUAUGUCAACUCGUGAAGGACCCGGUGCCCCUAGUCAGCGCCAAGGCAGCUUGGGCUCUGGGUAACCUGACAGACAUGCUGCUUAAAACACAACAGGGAGAAGAGAUAAUCUCACCGAUCCAGCUCAUCAGGACAAGCAUAGAAGUGGCACAGGGGAAGGUCAAGAUGAGAGCGAAUGGUGUAAGAGCGCUGGGAAACUUGUUGGGCCUGUUGAGGGAAAGACACUUGUGUAGGCCAGAAUACAAGGAUGUGCCCUUGCAGGCCAGUGAGGUGCUGGUGAAGAAUGCCUCGGCCUCCAACAUCAUGAAGGUAAGCUGGAAUGCCUGUUAUGCCCUGGGAAGCUUGUUGAAGAAUGAAGCCAUCCACGAAGCCUCUUGUUCUUGGCAGGACGUGGUGCUACCGACCUUGUGCUCUCUCGUGGUGCGAAGUUCCAACUUCAAGGUGCGCACCAAUGCGUGUGCAGCGCUGGCCUGCGUGCCUCUGCGCAGGUACUACGGUGCGCAUUACCUAGCUGUGUGGAAGGCAGUUCUGGAUGGGUUGGACAACGCCCUCAACAUGUCGGACUUCAGAGAGGUGAAACAUCAGGAUGGCCUUUUAGAGCAGCUGUGCCUGACACUGUGCCACCUUACGUCAUUGGUGGAGUUGGCUGAUCUGUCUGCACUGUACGAGGUAGCGGUCUACCACGUAGAUACGCUGCAGCAGCACGUAUCUCGCUUCCUCAACAGUACGGUGCCAGAGCGUGCUGAUGCGGUGCUGAGAGCGGCAGCCAGCCUGGCACUUCUGAGAGAGCAGCAGCUGACAGUGACUCAGCGUAACUCGGUCACCAUCCUCUCGGAUGUGUUCACUUUCGAUAUUUAAAGUCACGUUCUGUAGUGCAUAAGUCGAUUAAGUUGAGCUGAGGUUAUUUUUAGAAGCAUAUCUCGUGCAUUUCAAGGAAAGUUCAGUUUUAUAAGUCGUGGCUUUGUAAUUCAACUGCAGCGUGUGCUGAUGAGUAAUUAGUAUAUAACUUGGAAGCUACUUAGAAUUAUUUAGUUAUAAUUUUCAAGAAUACGACUUAUUCCUGUGAAACAUUAACCUAUUUCAGUAUUGUAUGGUCCAGUACUAAAAAUAAUUUUGCGGAAUACUUUUUUUACAAAUAUAUAUGCUAGAUCCAGUUCGUUAACAAACGUUCCCAC